AUGUCGACGGCCCCUGCGCAUUUAACCCACGAGCUUAGCCUCCCCAUUUCCACUCGCCCAUCGCCAUUCCACAUCCUGUCGUCCACGCAGAAAUGGAAUCUGGUCAUCUUCGUCUCGCUCGCAGCCUCCUUCUCCCCCUUAUCCUCCAACAUUUAUUUCCCCGCCAUCGACACCAUCUCGUCCGACCUUGGCGUCAGCGCCGAACUCGUCUCCUUGACCAUCACCGUCUACAUGAUCAUGCAGGGCAUUGCUCCCUCGCUCUUUGGCGCGCUUUCGGAUUUCGCCGGCCGUCGCCUCGCAUUUGUUGUUUGUCUGACUAUCUACUUGGGCGCGAACCUAGCCCUCGCCUUCACAUCCAAUUACCCAAUGCUGAUCGUUCUCCGCGCCGUGCAAGCCGCAGGAUCCGCAGCCACGAUUAGCAUCAGCGCCGGGGUCAUCGCUGACAUUGCCCUCCCGCAGGAAAGGGGCGGGUUCAUGGGGACGAACGCUGGUGUGCGUAUGACAGGCCAAGCGGUCGGCCCAGUGAUCGGUGGGCUCUUGAACACGGCAUGGGGGUUUCGCAGCAUCUUCCUGUUUCUCUUCGCCCUGAGCGUCAUCGUCCUCGGUGCCCUCCUGAUCUUCCUCCCAGAGACCCAACGCAGCAUCGCCGGCAAUGGCAGCAUCCGUCUAUCGGGGUUCCAUAAGCCCCUGCUAUACAUGUUCAAGCCACCAUCGGCCUGGUCGGCGCCGCCAGACACACGUUCGUUGAAACCGGAGUCGCCGAUUUCCGCGAAGAGUGUCCUCCACCCUCUCACCUACAUUUUUGAAAAGGACAUCGCUGCCAUUCUUGCCUGGGGCAGCGUCACCUACACCGCAUGGAGCAUGGUCACAUCGUCCACAACAACGAUGCUGCUGCACGGGUUCCCCUUCCUCACCCAGUGGCAAGUCGGCCUCUGCUUCCUCCCAAACGGCCUCGGCUGCAUCUGCGGCUCCCUCACAACAGGCUGGCUCCUCGACCAAAGCUUCCACCGCGCCAGUCUAGCAAACCACCCCGAAACAGAGCUUGGAAACCCCCCCGACAACACCAUCAAUACCGCCCCAGCCUUCCCCGCCCUCCUCACAAUAUCCCUCGCCCUGUACGGCCCCAGCUUCGAGUUCAACGACAUCCGCGCGCACUUCACUCCCAAUCUGGCCGCCCCGCUCGUUCUGCAGUUCCUCAUCGCAUUCACCGCCACCUCAAUCUUUAAUAUCAACUCCACAGCUCUGAUCGACUGCUUCCCCGAUCGCCCUGCCAGCGCCACCGCCCUGAAUAACCUGUGCCGCUGCCUGCUGGGCGCCGCGGGCGUCAGCGCCAUCCAGCCGUUGAUUGCUGCUGUCAAGGCAAUGAAGGCUUUCUUUAUUGUCACGGGCAUGGUGGUUCUUUUUACGCCGCUCGUUUGGGUUGAGUGGAGGUGGGGAGAGGAAUGGAGGCGUGAGCGGGAUGAAAGACUCGCACGCGGCAGGACGGGCAGUUCCACGCCUUGA